AACGGUUUGUCCCCAGUAACAUAUCCCAUCAUCCUUUUCUAGUGUACGUGCGUUUGGAGAACGUGAGAUGCGAUAACUUGUUUUUUCAUAGGCAAGUAGACAGCACACCGCCACCAUGGACUUCCAGAACCGCGCUGGCGGGAAGACGGGAAGCGGCGGGGUGGCCUCCACCUCGGAGACCAACCGUGACCGCCGGGAGAGGCUGCGACAGUUGGCGCUGGAAACCAUCGAUCUCAACAAGGACCCGUAUUUCAUGAAGAACCACCUGGGGUCGUACGAGUGCAAACUGUGUCUCACUCUUCACAACAAUGAGGGAAGUUAUCUGGCACAUACCCAGGGAAAGAAGCACCAGGCCAACUUGGCUCGCCGUGCAGCAAAGGAAGCUAAAGACUCCCCAGCUCAGCCAGCUCCAGCCAGAGACAGGGUGGAAACUAAGAAGUUUGUCAAGAUUGGCAGACCAGGUUACAAAGUUACUAAACAGAGAGAUCCAGAAACAGGACAACAAAGUCUGCUGUACCAGAUUGACUACCCUGAGGUGGUGGAGGCCAUCUCCCCGCGACAUCGCUUCAUGUCUGCAUACGAACAGAGAGUAGAGCCCCCUGACAGACGCUGGCAGUACCUCAUCUUCGCAGCCGAACCGUACGAGAACAUCGCCUUCAAGAUCCCCAGCAGAGAGGUUGAUAAGAGUGAAGGGAAGUUCUGGACUCAGUGGAACAGGGAGACAAAACAGUUUUUCCUGCAGUUCCACUUCAAGCUGGACCCUAAGCAGCAGCCGAAUGUGCCGCCCUCCGGCCCGCCCCAGAGUGGCCCUCCAUCCGGCCCCCCGCCCGGCCCACCACGCAUGCCAGAACCACCCUCCAACAUGGCCCCACCAGGGGGACCCAGGUGCCCACCCCCUCCGUUUGGAAUGCCGCCUGGAAUGUUCCCCCCAAGAGGACCGCCGGGAGAGGGGGGACCCAGGGAACCACCAAACAUGCCCCCAGGGUUCCACCACGGCCCUCCCAGAGGUUUCAUGGGUAUGCCUCCUGGUCAUCAACAUGGGGGUCCUCCUACGUCGCAGCCCGGGCCCCCACCCACGAGCCAGCCCCUGGGGCCGCCGGGCGGGCCCC